ACCACAGUCACUCAUAUUUUGUUAAUUGUUACCAAACGUGCAACUCAUAAUAAAGUUUUAAAAUAUGUGAAAUAAUAUAUAAAGUUUACUUCAAGGAUGAAGCUGUUUGCGAACGCGGUGCAGUCUGCGUUGAAGCAGAGCGAGAGGAACCGAAGACACUUCUGGUCAUGGCUCAACGCUGUCUUUAACAAGGUGGACUACGAGCGAAUCAAAGCCGUCGGGCCGGACCGAGCGGCGGCCGAGUGGUUGCUGCGAUGCGGCGCCAAAGUGCGCUUCCAAGGCUUUGAGCGCUUUCAUCAAGACUACAACGCGCUGCCCACCGGACCCCUGGGCAGAUACAAGAUCGAGUCCAUCGACGCAACCGAGUCGUGCAUCAUGUACAGAGGCUUCGACUAUCUCGACGGUUUGAAACACGUGGAGGAGAUGAAAUUCAACAAGUGCAUGUACAUGGAAGACGCGUGUCUGGAGAGGAUGAGCUCGCUGGAGAACCUUCAGGAGAGCUUGUUCAUGAUGGAGGUGGUGUCGUGCGGCAACAUCACCGACAAGGGUCUCGUCGCUCUGCACAAACUCAGGAAUCUGGAGUAUCUGUUCCUCAGCGACCUGCCCGGUGUCAAAGACAAAGAGACCACAGUAGACCGGCUCAGGACGGCGCUUCCACGUCUGGAUUUACACCUGGACCUGGACUGAGAAGAAGUGCUUCAAAGGAAACUAUCAACUCAAACUGCACUUUAUAUUGUUGACGCCAUUUUAUUUGUCAUCAACAAUCAUCAUGUUUGCUCCAUAUUUGGGCUUUGUCAUUUUUUGAAAAGAUGAAUUUGGCAUUUGUAAGACGAAUGGCUGUGAACAUCCAUAGCACCAACGCCAUCAUGUGGGAAUAUCAAUAUUACUCUUUCAUGUCAAUAAAUAUUUCAAGCUGUUUUUCACUCCUAUGGAGUUC